AUGGUGCUCAGAAUUGGUUACAUUCGUGAACACUUUUCCUCGCCGUUAUUGCAAUUUGCCGCAGCAGAUGGUGGAAGGACGAUCAAACUCGUCGAAUGUCCUGGGGGCACUGGACAGAUCAUCUCUGCCUUUAAAGACGGCUCCAUCGACAUUGGAAUCGCACUCACUGAAGCGUUAUUGGCGGGUAUCCAGCGUGGCGAAGGAAACUAUCGUCUAGUCGGAUCCUAUGUCACUACUCCGCUCAACUGGGCUGUGAUUGUGGGCAAAGACUCGGAAUACACAGAGAUUUCACAGUUGAGAGGGACGAAAAUUGGAAUCUCGCGAGUCGGGAGUGGAAGUCAAACGAUGGCGGCUGUCAUGGCCAUGCAACAAGAAUGGUACACGGAUCUCGAAAAGACCAAGGUGGAACUCUUUGAUUACCAAGUGAACAAUAACAUUGACGGCCUCAUUGCGUCUGUCAACGAUGGAAGUACGAGUGCAUUCAUGUGGGAAUGGUUUACGACAAAGCCAUAUGCGGAUAAAGGGCUUGUCAGAUUUAUCGGUUCAGUACCUACGCCAUGGCCUAGUUGGAUGAUCGCCGCUCAUGCAAGUGUCGAAUCCGAAGCCAUCGGUGCAUUUCUUACUUCUCUCGGUGCGCAUGUCCAUGCGUUCUCCCGAGGGUUGCACACUGCGCCACCCGUGGGUGUCGAGAUCAAUGGCCAAGCAGUGACCGAAAAGGCAAAGACAGUCAAAGGAAGCAAAGAAGAGGAAGAGAAUGUUCAAUAUCUGAUGAAUACGUUUGGCUACAAGGAGAUGGACGUGCGCGAGUGGAUGGACACUGUCGGUUAUCCACGAGAAGGCGACUUGGCUGUGCUCGACCUGGGCAUGAUCACACGCACUCUCAACAUACUCAAACAAGCCGGCGUUGUCCCAGAAGCUCACUAUGAUCCACUGGAUUUUCCGGCUGUUUGUGAUAUAUAUGAUCAGGCCUAUAAUCACCCAACCGUCGGUUCAUCUCCUCCUCCCCCCGUCCUUCUCCUCUCUCCCCCUUUUCAUUUCCCUCCUCCAGAUAUUCCCCGCCCAGAGAUCACUUUGCCCAUGGCAGAAACACCGAACAUCUCCCAUCACACGCUCGUGAGCGAGAAACUUGACGAUAAACCAAAGAGCCACAACGCCUCUCGGGUCUCGCAUGACGAGCACGACGCAUCAACGAGCAACGCCCUCCCAACCGCUGCUCCUUCUAUCAGAGAGUCGAGCAAAACAGCUUCAGUCAAGGAUAUCGAAAAGGGUGCAAACGGGGCAGAUAACGGUGGUACGAUGACGGACGUGUUAGAGGCUACGACCAAACCGGAUAAAUUCCUCCACGGCAAAAAACUCAUCGCAGUUCAUUCCGGUCUAAUGACGGCUGUUUUCCUUGUCGCACUCGACCAGUCCAUUGUCGCAACCGCCAUGCCAAAACUCGCCAGCCAGUUUAACGCGCUCAAGGAAGUCAGCUGGGUCGUCUCAUCCUACUUUCUCACCCAAGCCGGCCUCCUCCUCUUUUUCGGACGUGUCUUGCGCAUCGUUCCAUCCAAAUGGGUCUUCCUCUAUUCGAUUCCAGUCUUUGAAAUCGGUUCGCUCAUCUGCGCCGUCGCUCCCUCGAUGCCCGUCCUGAUCUUUGGGAGAGCGUUACAAGGCGUCGGUGGAAGUGGUGGCUUCAUCUCUGGGCUCACUUUGCUCGCGGAGAUUGCAGAGCUUCGUGUGCGGCCCAUCCUAAUGGCGACAUUCGGUGCUUGCUUUGGUUUCGCAGCAACAUUGGGACCAGUUAUCGGAGGCGAAUUCACGGACAAACUCACCUGGAGAUGGUGUUUUUGGAUCAAUCUUCCACUCGGUGCAUUUAGUGUUCUCAGCGUGUUCCUCUUGCUUCCCGUCCACCCACCAAUCGGAACCGUGGAAGGUGCACCCAAGAUACCUCUGCUCAAGCAGUGGCUCAGCCUCGACUGGAUUGGUGGCAUUCUCUCGCUGGGAAUGGUCACCACCCUUAUCAUGCCACUUCAAUGGGGAGGUCUUACCAAGCCGUGGAAUGAUAAACUCGUCAUCGCCCUCUUCGUGCUCUCGGGUGCUUUAUUUAUUAUCUUUGGACUGUGGGAGCAUUGGCUCGGCAAGGAAAGGGCCUUGAUGCCCAUUCACAUGCUGUUCAACCGCACGCAGUUGGCCGCAGGAUUUGCCAUGUUCUUCGUCAUGGCCACCCACCUCAACGCCAUUUACCACCUCCCCUUCUUCUACCAAGCCAAAGGCCGUAGCGCAUCCCAAUCCGGCGUGGACAUUCUACCCUAUGUCAUCUCCAUGGUAGUAGGCAGUCUUGGCUCUGGCGCUGUCGCCAAACGGACUGGACGGUAUUGGCCUUUCAUGAUCCUCGGCCCGCUCGUCGCCAUCGCCGCCUCUGCACUCCUCUAUACUAUCAAGUUUGACACUUCAAAUGCCAAACUCAUAGGGUAUCAAAUCUUCCUCGGACUCGGAAUCGGCUUCAUCUUCCAAUGUCCUCUCCUCGCAAUUCAGGCAGAGUGGGGACAUCGACCCGACAUUAUCCCACUCGCCACCUCGCUUCAAAUCUUCUUCCAGUAUCUUGGUGCUGUCUGUGGUACAUCGAUCACGGGUGCCCUCUUUGGCAACGAACUCCAUCACGGGUUGGAUAACUCGCAAAUUCCAAUCCCAUCGGAUGUCAUCGAUGCCGUCCGUGCUUCUGUGACCGUCGUGUUCAGCCUCCAGCCGGAGAUACAAAGACCCGUCAUAGACGCGUACAUCAAGGGUCUCGACGCGACGUUUUUGUUUGGGAUACCAGCAAUGGGACUUGCGCUCGUAUUCUCCCUCUUUGUGCGCAAUUGGAAUAUGAUUGAACGUGGCAAGUUGGCGAUGGAGGCAGAAGAGGCUGCCGAGGCUGCAGCUGCGGCAGCGGCCGUACCGGUUUCUCCUACUUCACCUACCUCGGAAAAGGGCAAAUCAAAAGAGGUUUCAGCCCCAGAGGAAAAGAGCGAAAAGGUAGAAGAAAAGGUGUAG